AUGGAUUGGAUCAAGGCAGCAACUGUGGUUCUUGCCAAUGGCACUAUCACCCGCUGCUCCGCGACAGAAAGACCAAAUUUGUUCUGGGGCAUUCGUGGAGCCGGUUCAUCGAUGGUUAUCGUGGUCGAGCUUGAACUAAACACGUUUGUUGCACCGGAGAAGAUGACAUACUUUGACAUCGACGUCGUAUGGGACACGCAAAAGCUUCCCCAACAACUUUUGGAUGCACAGGAAUUUGCCAAAGGGAUGCCAGCAGAGCUAACCCUAUCUGUAAGCUUCAACAACGAUGGGUGCUACCUCAACGGUGGUUUCGUCGGAGACGAUGCAGCUUUCAAGACGGCAAUCCAGCCCUUGUUAACGAAACUGGGGGUGAGGGUUUCCAGUUCUAAGACAGUCGGCUGGAUCGAGUUUAUCAAGCACUAUGCUGGCGUUACUGAUAUUGACAUUACUACCGGCAGCUACAACGAGCAUGACAACUCCUACGCCUCGAGCCUCACGACGCUAUCCUUAUCAAAAACAAACUUCCAAUCUCUGGUCAAUGCGAUUGAUAAAUCAGGCUUUUCUGUCAGCCGGUCCUGGUACAUCCACAUGAACCUCCACGGAGGCGACCUCUCCGCCAUUUCGAAACCGGUCGACGCAGCCUAUGCUCACAGAGACAAAAUGCUUCUCUUUCAGCUUAAGGACAGUGUCUCUCAAAGCCAGGCCUAUCCAUCGACUGGUUUUGCACUCCUGCAGGGAUUUAGGCAGAGCAUUACAAGCGGACUUCAGAGUGGGCAGUGGGGCAUGUAUGCAAACUACCCCGACUCUCAGAUAUCCGGGGACGAAGCGCCAAAGCUUUACUAUGGGAGCAACCUUGAAAGGCUCGAAUGGAUCAAGGAAGAUUAUGAUCCCACCAAUGUUUUCAGAGACAACCAGUCUAUUAAGCCUGCAGAGUAG